AUGAAAUUUCUCUAUUUUUCAAUUUCGCUUUCUUAUGGGUUCUGCAGGGGAAUUGUGUUGGAGCCUCGUUGUCCCAAAAGUGUUGAUGGGAUUAGUAUUGACCCUGAGCCUAACUGGGAUUUCAAUAGCUUGGUCUCUGAGAUUGCUUCUGUUGAAAAGAAGCUUAAUGGGUUCUCAAAGUUUCCUCAACCAUUUACUAACACAACCUUACGUGAUGAAUCUGAUGAUAAAUUUGACUGUGAACCUGAGUCCUCUUUGAUGAGUAAGAUGGGUCUGACUGAAUGUAUCCUUUAUGAGGUGACCAACGAUCACCAAAACGAAGUUAAGGAAGAUAUUAGGAAUCAAGUAUCAGUUGUUGAAACGGAAAUAAUGAAUGAGAUUGAGACAUCUCGCUCUGCGAUAGCUCGGGUUCAAAAGUACAGUGAAACUAGAAAAGAAGUUGAACGGAAACUUGAUCUUCAGUAUCAGCGGAAAGUUGCUGAAGCACUUGAUACUCAUCUGACUGCAGUCCAACGUGAACAUCAAAUUAAAUCGCAAUUAGAAGAAAGAAAAAUAAGGAGCGAGGAAGCUCAGGAGGAAGCCAGGAGGAGGGAAAGGGCACAUCAAGAAGAGAAAUUACGUCAAGAAAAAGCUCGUGCAGAGGCUGAAAUGCUGGCAAAAAUUAGAGCUGAAGAAGCAAAGAAAGAAGUUGAGAGAAAGGCAGCAAAAGAAGUAGCUGAAAAGGAAGUAGCAGAUCGCAAAGCUGCUGAACAAAAACUUGCGGAAGAGAAGGCUGUGACAGAGAGAGUUGCUGGUAGUUCAGUUACUACAAAUGCUCAAGCUGGGGGUAAAUCAAUCCAAGCUGCAGAAAGUGCUUUGACAUUGGAGAAACACAGGUUGAAGAAGCUUGAAGAGUUAGAAGCAAUGAACCAAUCGCUAAAGUCACGUUCAAAUCAGGACUUUAGCAGCUUUGAAAAGCAUAUUGCAAGGGUGAUAAAGCAAAUAAGGGGGACACAAGAUAAUGUUAGUACGAAAAGCAACGAAAUUGUCAAAAUAUUCAAGGACCCCCGUUGUCCCGUGUCCAUCAGUAUUGCAACUUUUGCAAAGAAGAUGGUCUCCGCCCAAGACCCUUUUGCAUGCAGCUACGUCAUUGUUUAUGUCACCUCGCAGUUUCCAGAAGCUAUGGAUAUUCUUCUUGCUGAACUCCACAAAGCUUGCAUUUACACUGUCCCAAAGCAUAUUGUUAACUCACAGUCAGCUUGGGACUCAGACGCAUAUGAACGCCUAGAUUCCAUAAUGAGACUCUACGGUGCACUUGUCCAGACUGACAUUCGUGGUGGCAAUGUUAGAAACAUACAUGGGAUUGAACACGGAUGGGCUUGGUUUGCCCGGUUCCUUAACAAAAUCUCAGCCAAUAACAGAGCUACCGCAACAGCCUUAAACGCAUUUCUUCAGACAGCAGGGUUUGGUCUUCAUCGAAGGUACAAAACUCAGUUCUUGAAAGUUGUGAACAUUGUCAGAGAGCAUUUCUUGCCGAAAUUGAGAGCGAAAAAGGACACGUCGAAUCUACAAUCAAGGAUCAUAACCGAUAUGACGACGUACUUAGACGACAAGAUGUAUCUUAAGGAACCUGAAGGAAGAAGUUUGAAGACGAGUACUUUGUCGGCGGAGUUUACAGCUGAAAUAGAUCAGCAGAGCAACCAUCAACAUUACCAGAGCAACAAUCAACAUUACGAGAGGAAUUAUUACAGAGACUAUUAUUGA